UUCAACUAAAAAAAAAAUAAAAAAACAAUAGCUAAAAGAUGUCAGAAAACGCAAAAAGAUUUUUGAUACGACUAUCUUACAUUGGCACCAAUUACCGGGGGUCUCAGAAACACGUGAAUAACACUAUAAUCGAUGUCGACUCCAUCCAAGGUGCGGUUGAAAGUGCUUUCUUCAAAAUCCUCCCGAAGCUCACCAAGCCACCGAAUAUUGUUUUUGCUGGCAGGACAGAUGCAGGAGUACACGCGCUAACUUCUGUGGCACACGUCGACCUCGAAUGCAACGAUGGCAGCACCAUUGAUAAGGCACACGUUAUCCGAUUCAUGAACAGAUACCUGAUCAACUGUAAUCAUGAAAUCAGGAUUCACGAGUUCUACCAGGUCAGCGAAAAGUUUCACGCAAGAUUUUCAGCCACGAACAGAGUGUACAUGUACAGGUUUUUGGUAUCUAAAGAGCCGGAUUUCCAUCAGGUAUCCAUUCCAGAGAUUAACCGGACUACACAUCUGCACUGCGUUAAUUUUGAUCCUGAAAAGUUUAAAAGGGGAUUAAAGCUAUUUACAGGGGUUUGGGAUUUUACGACUUUUAGUGGCAAAAGUGUUGAAAAGUAUCGUCGUGACGAAUAUUAUUUCAAGAGUCACGUUAAAAAAAUGGAUUGUUGGAUGGAAGAGGCUCAGCCUCUGAUGUUACCAGACAGAUUGUCGGACAAGUUUAGUUAUUACCAUGUUUAUUUCUCGUCCAAAGGGUUCUUGUAUAAUCAGAUUCGUAGAAUAAUGGGGGCUCUGUUUUCACUGGCUGUUGGGAGAGUGACUGAGGACGAUAUUCUGAAUAUGCUCCAGGUACCCAAUCGUGCAAGUUAUCGUUGCAAUUCUGCUAUGCCUCACGGACUUUAUCUCAAACAUAUUGAGUACAAUAAAGAUGACAUCAAAGAGAUUUUUGAAUAA